CUCUCUCUCUCUCUCUCUCUCUCUCUCUCCUUGGUCAAAUAUAUAGCCGCAUACUCUUACCACCACAAAACCAAAAGUUCCUCCUUCCACACUCAAUGGAAUAUUUGAAUUAUUAUUAAUUUCUUCAUCAUUUAAUUCCAUUUGAUCCAGCUAGCUCUUCUUAAUUCUUAUCCCCUCUAGAUCUAUCAACUUCUGUUCUUGUUAAUUCUUCUUCUUCUUCUCCACCAACUUUCACCUCUUUUUUUUUCAUGGAUGAUAUUGAAGUUCCUCAGUAUUUCGUCUGCCCAAUAUCUCUCCAGAUCAUGCAAGACCCUGUGACGGCCAUUACCGGCAUCACAUAUGACCGGGACAGCAUCGAGCACUGGCUUUUCCAGAGCAAGAACACCACAUGCCCGGUCACCAAACAGCCUCUCCCAAGAGACUCAGAAUUAACCCCUAACCACACCUUACGCCGCUUAAUUCAGGCUUGGUGCACUGAAAAUGCGUCUCAUGGCAUUGAUCGAAUACCAACCCCGAAACCACCUCUGGAUAAGGCUCAAGUCCUUAAGCUCCUCAAGGACUUCUGGAACCCUAAGCUCCAACUGAAAAUCAUUCGAAAAAUCGAGUUCCUUGCAACCAAAAGCGAAGGGAAUAGGAAGUACUUGGUUGACGCUGGCGUGGCUAAGGCCAUGUUGUUGUUCAUCGCAAACAGGUGUUAUAAGGAGGGGCUGGUUGAUGGCCUUGAAGAAGCCCUUAGCAUACUACACUUUGUUCGGAUUUCAUCCGAAGAACUAAGUCUUCUUUUCAUGGAAAACGAUCAGAUUUUCGAUUCGUUAACGUGGGUUUUUGGUUGCAAAUUGCAGAAUCAAAUCUCGGUGAGCACACAUGCAGUCUUGGUACUAAAAUCGCUCAUCCAAAAGGCAAACUCAAGUGUGCUAGAAACUCUGAACCCUGAUUUCUUCAAGAAACUUGUUGGGGUUUUGAAAAACGGGGUUACGCAACAAGGGGCAAACGCAGCUCUACAUAUCAUGUUAGACGCUUGUCCAUGGGGAAGAAACCGAAUCAAGAUGGUCGAUGCCGGGGCGGUUUACGAGCUCAUUGAGCUUGAGUUUGAAGCACCUGAAAAGAAAACCACAGAGCUCAUUUUCGGAAUAUUGUUUCACUUGUGUUCUUGUGCUGAUGGGAGGGCUCAGUUUGUGAGCCACAAAGGAGGCAUCUUUGUUGUGUCGAAUAGACUCUGGAAGGUUUCGCCGUCUGCAGACGACAGAGCCAUUUUGAUCCUUUCUUUGAUCUGCAAGUACUCAGGAACCAACAUGGUGCUUCAGGAAAUGUUGGAGGUUGGAGCUGUUUAUAGGCUUUGCACUUUGCUCCAAGUUGACUGCGCUCCAUACUUGAAAGACAAAGCAAGGCAAAUCCUGAGAUCACAUUCUGAGGAGUGGAAGAAGUGUCCUUGUCUUUCUCCGUCGCAAAUGAUCAAAUGCAACCGAGUGUUCAAAUAACUAUUAUAUUAUCUAUUUAUAAAUUGAAAUUUGUUGAACAAACAAAUUAAAAAAGAAAGAAAGAGCAUGCAAUCUCUGCUGUCAGAUUAAUGUUUGCAAUAAUUUAUACUUCUUAUGAGAGUCUUGGCAUUAACUUAUAGUAUUGUUGUUU